AUGGACAAGCGGUCCGCAGAGAGUCCCAUGGACUUUGAAUGGCAGACACGAGCCCCCGGGGACGUGACCUCGCCCUUUUACCAGCUCGGCAUGCAGCAUGACAACAAGAAGCGGACACACAGUGUAUUUGAUUCUCCAGAGAAGAAACCGUUGCCCGCCCUGCGCGAGCCGAACUCACAGCCCUUCCUGUUCUCGCAACCCCGGGCCCAGCGCGCGCCUGAAUCCCCCCGAGCAGUCUUCGGCCAACCGGCAUUCACGACCCCUCGAAAAUUCGACGUGGAUCUCUCCUCAGGUGCCGAAAACAUGUCGUCUCCCGAGAAUGCGGACAAUGAGGAUACCCCCGAGCAGCCAACGAAGUCAGGGAAACGGAAUUCGCUCUUCAACCUCUACGGUCGAUUUGCGCCAGGCCGAGGCGAAAUCCCGCGAAUGAAUCACUAUUCAAAUGCACUUGCGCGCCGACGACUACGAGAGCGAUCGGCCCAGCAGCAGCGAAGGGAAAAAGAGAAGCCUGUGAAACAAUCACAGGGCCAAGGCGCAGGGUCAUCGCGCAUGUCCUCUUUUUCAGAGUUCUUCGCUCUCCUUGAGGCACACCCCAACGUCCCCAGCAUCCUGUCAUGGUGGGCUCAGUUGGUAGUGAACCUGUCACUGUUCUCCCUCGCCGUGUAUGUGGUCUUCGGCUUUGUAUCGGCGAUUCGCUCCGAGUUUGAGCAGGCGGCAGAGGAGGUGUCGGAUACAAUCCUGGCGGAGAUGGCAACUUGCGCCAAGAGUUAUGUGGACAACAAAUGUGGAGGAGGUGACCGGUUACCCGCACUGGAAACUGUGUGUGAGAACUGGGAGCGAUGCAUGAAUCGCGAUCCCGCUAAAGUCGGACGAGCCAAGGUGUCGGCGCAUACUAUGGCUAUCAUCAUCAACAGUUUCAUCGAUCCAAUCAGUUGGAAAGCAAUUCUGUUCUUUCUUGCGACCAUUUCGACUGUCACUGUCGUCAGCAAUUGGUCCUUCCGCUCAUUUCGAAGCCGCUUCAACCAACAAAAUUACUCGCAACCCGCGCCUAACUACACCCAACAACAUCCUCAUCAAAAUCAGGCUAUGCAUAGCCAGCCACUACAUCUCCAGAAUAACCCUACCUUUGGUUACUUCAGCCAACAGGACCCACGACAAGCCCCGACAACACCGUACGGAGAGAAGCAAGACGCCCCCUUGAUGCUUGAGAACUCGCAGUCAAUGGAUUUUGUCACUGAACGCAGUCGCGAACGGGAGGCUCACCUGCGAACCCCGAGCCCAGCAAAGCGUGGCCGCAGGUUUGCUUAG